UAAUGAGAGCGCGACGAAUGUAUGUUGUUAUUGCGAGGAAGGAUAUGGACAGAAACGCACUGGUUAAAGUUGGUGCGAUGGCCAGCGUUACUGUGUGUGCGCUUUUCAGUGGAGUCGUGUUCGCUCAGUACGUUUUCACCAAAAAGCAAAGAGCCGGCAAGAAAACCAAAAUAAUCGAAAUGAUGCCUGAGUUUGAGAAAAAUACAGUUCACAUCAGAGACCCUGAGCGGGUAGAGCAGAUUAUCUGCUGUCUCAUUAAGGACGGAGCAUCAAAACUACAGAUCAUCACAGAUUUUGAUAUGACAUUAAGCAGAUUUGCUGUGAAUGGAAAACGCUGCCCAACAUGUCAUAAUAUUAUUGACAACUGCAAGCUUGUCACAGAAGAUUGUAGGAAAAAGCUGCUCCAGCUAAAGGAGACAUAUUACCCUAUAGAGAUAGACCCUCAUCUGACUAUGGAGGAGAAAUAUCCAUUUAUGGUGGAAUGGUAUUUAAAAUCACACACGUUACUGGUAGAACAGAGAUUGCAGAGGGCCAAACUCCCAGAGGUGGUGAGAGAAUCUGAUGUCUGUCUCAGGGAAGGAUAUGAGCAGUUUUUCGACCUGCUGCAAAAGCGCAGCGUUCCUGUCUUCAUCUUUUCAGCGGGUUUAGGAGACGUGCUGGAGGAAAUUAUAAGACAGGCUGGCAUCUACCACCCUAAUGUCAAAGUUGUGUCUAAUUUCAUGGACUUUGAUGACAAUGGAGUUCUAAAAGGCUUUAAAGGAGAGCUGAUCCAUGUUUAUAACAAGCAUGAUGGUGCCCUGAGAAACACAGAAUAUUUCAAACAACUGAAGGACAAUGGGAACAUUAUUUUGCUUGGAGACUCACUCGGUGAUCUCAAUAUGGCAGAUGGUGUGCCCAAUGUGGAGAAUAUCCUUAAGAUCGGCUUUCUCAAUGAUAAGGUAGAUGAACUAUUGGAAAAAUACAUGGACUCUUAUGAUAUUGUAUUGGCGAGAGAUGAAACACUCGAAGUGCCUAACUCCAUUUUACAGAAGAUCUUAUAAAUGACAUCAUACGACACAAGACUAGGAAAAGACUUAUAUAUAUAUAUAUAUAUAUAUAUAUAUAUAUAUAUAAAAUAUAAAUAUAUAAAAAUAUAUGUUUUUACCAGUACUGAGAUCAAGCUCCAUCUGUUUUUACUGUACAUUUUUCACAUGCUCUAAGCCAGUGGUUCUU